UAUGAUGUUGCUGAAGGUUUGAAAUGAAUAAAACAGUUCACGUAAACAUCGAACUAUGUUAAAAUUGAAUGAUACACAUUAAGGGUACAGUGGGUAUGAUACGUAAUGUAUUACACAAGUCAUGCGCACUGGGAGGCUCCAGGCGACUGACAAACUCAGCAAACCUGGGACGCCUGACGUUAAGCAGAUCACUUCUGCGCUCACUCCAGCAAGAGCAACUCGUCCCCUGAAGGUACCACUGAAUCUGCUGCAGGUGAAGAGUAAUAAUUUGCACUCAAAGGUGAGGAAGACAAGACUUAGGACACCGUCUGCUGUUGUUGGCUCACACGAUGAGGUGGUCAUUACGGGUGAUAGUGUUAGCACCUUACCUGCUACACGCCUCCACAGCCACAUUUCUAGAUGUAGACGAGGCUCUCCUCAAAGGCGGUGACCUGCCCGAAGAACAAGAAUCGAAGGUCAUUCCUCAAGGAUAUAAAGAUGCCCUCACCAUUUUCGGCACGAAAACAAUCAUCGACAUUGGAGUUGUGUUCGGGGUAAUCCUCCUGUUCCGUGAGUUCGCCCUCGGCAUCGCUCAGAGGUUUAUCCCCGGGGUAGGGCUUCCUGACUCCGUGGAGAAGAGGGACAUCCAUGGUAACAACAACCUCGAUGACUACGAGAGCCGCAUUUCUCAUAGUUAUUAUCCAUUCCUUCAGCAAUCCCUGCUGGCUAGCGGGCCGCUGCUGACUAAGGUUCUUAACAGCAUCGACCCAGUUGAGUCGACCUUCGCCGUGCUGGACGUGGAGGAGCUGGCCUGCCGAAGACGCACCGUCUGUGAGUUACAGAGGUCGGCCUCCAGUGUACCUCUCCUGGGCUAUUUCUUGAAGUACUUCAGCCGUAAUGUCAACAGUCUGGAGAAGUACAGGGAGGCACAGGAGGCUGGCGCUGCAUUUGAAGACUGUGCUCUGCUUUUCUCGGAGUGUCCCACCUCCUUGGUCCGGACACUGUGGAGCAGCGACCAGUGAUCUUCAUCAGCAAGCCAGUCUUCAAGGCUUUGCUUGCACUCAUACUUUUCCUCAUGCUGAAUAGGACUCGAUAUUUCAUAUUGCUCUAACAUGGCUCAGAACGAGCUAACAUUGCAAUGAAGGACCCCGAUAAUGUGAAUGUGCUAGGAUUCACAUACAGUAAGCUAAUUAAUAUUCAGACGACUUGUGGUGUAAACUUAGACUGCAUUCAUGAUAAUGUUAUGUUAAGGGGUCGUAGACAACAUACAUGAGAACACGCUACAGUUAGGCACAGUAACACAGUUACUUCCUGGGUAAUGAGAGGCAUCAGUGCUUAUGGACGUUAUUGCGAGAGAAAUUUUAUCAGUGUCAUUUUAAAUCACAAGUCUUUGUAUGACGCUUGUAUGUUUAGUGCUUCAGUUUUUAUUAUAACAAUAAUAAAUCACAAGUAAUUUGUUAUACUUUGUUCACGUUUGAAUGAUGAGUGGGUGGAGGAGAUGUUAUGGUUCCGAGGAUCCUUAGAAUUGUAAUUGGAAAGAUAGCUGUGCUGUGAAUGACGGUGAUUUUUAUAAUUUUUGCAACACUU